GCCUUCAUGAUCACUUCAAGCCCCACAAACUUUGCUUCAGCAUUCCAUCACCUCCCUCAUUAUAUUAACCUCCUCCUCCUCCUACAAUGGAUGCAAGGGGUCUUCCAAGAACGAGUGCUUCAAAAGAGAAAAUGAAUAAGGGUUUCAUUGCUGAGGAUGAUAUAGACAAUGAUAUGAUGGAGGAAGAAGAAGAGGAUUCUCUCAGCAGUGAGGGUUUUGCAGAUAAUGAUAAGAAGAAGAAAAUGAAUGUCAAGAAAGGGUCAGGUGGUGGUGGGGUGGUGCCAACUUAUUGUCAGGUGGAGGGAUGCAGGGCGAUUUUGACAGAUGCAAAGCGAUACUACAGGCGCCAUAAGGUGUGCGAGGUUCAUGCCAAGGCACCGGUUGUGACUGUUGCCGGGCUCAGACAAAGGUUCUGUCAGCAAUGCAGCAGGUUCCACGAGCUCUCAGAGUUCGAUGAUGCAAAGAGGAGCUGCCGGAGGCGUCUGGCUGGACACAAUGAGAGGCGUAGGAAGAGUUCAGCAGAAUCGUCGGCGGAAGGAUCACGCAGGCAAGGGAUGAGUGCUCAGAUUAAGGGAAGCCAGUGGAUGAGGCAAUCUGAUGAAAGAGGCAAAGUACCAACGGCAACACCUGGAAAUUCUGCUCCCAAGCAUUCCCAGUUAAGAUGAAAUAUCAGAUUAUCUGCUCUCUCUCUUCUGUCAUCCUUUCAACUCAUGCACUAUUUCCAUCAUAUAUAUAUAGUAAUAACUAUAUCAGGUAUAGAAGGUGCCAUCUCUAUCAGUAUUCCAGCUUUCUGCUUGAUAUAGAGCCUCUUUCUGAUAGGCUAAUCUCUGGUCUCUUAAUGUAUCAAUGCUUGCACGAAUCUGUAGUUUUUGGUUCCUAUUGCCAACGAAUGAUGCAUGAAAACCUAGACGGUUAUAUGGGUCUUUGUUUGGACAUUUAGAAUGGAAAAAAGGGCAUUGUGCCAUUUAUCAGACUCUAGUCUCAUACUGCAAAGUGUAUAAAAGUAUCAUUUUCAA